CACAAAUCUCUUGUCUGAUCAAGCCAGGAAAAAAAUAUCAGUUUAUUUUCCGGGAAAAAAGAAAACGAAUCUCUCUGGGAGAAUCUGUGGAAGUGAAUAAAGUUUUGGGGGAGAGAGAGGGAUGGGAGAAGUAGGGAAGGCGAUGGGGUUGCUGAUAAGUGGGACGUUAGUGUAUUACCACUGUGCAUAUCGCAACGCGACUAUUCUCUCUCUAUUCGCUGAUGUACUCAUCGUUCUCUUAUGCUCACUCGCUAUUCUCGGUCUCCUUUUUCGCCAACUCAAUGUCUCAGUUCCAGUGGAUCCACUAGAGUGGCAAAUAUCACAGGACACAGCAAGUAACAUCGUGGCGCGCUUAGCUAAUACUGUUGGAGCAGCAGAGGCCGUUCUCAGGGUUGCAGCGACAGGACACGACAAGAGGCUUUUUGUCAAGGUCGUGAUCUGCCUUUACUUCUUAUCAGCUCUGGGACGACUCAUAUCAGGUGUAACCGUUGCUUAUGCAGGAUUAUGCAUGUUCUGUCUCUCCAUGCUCUGUCAGAGUUCUCAACCUCUUGGAAACUGUGUACUGAAGCUAGCAAACGGCGAGGUUUUAGAACAAGAAGCACAUUCUGAUACAUAAUCUGUCCUAGCUUUUGUUUUUUUUUAGUUUUCUCCUUUCUCGUGCUCACAUGUUCAUAGCCUCAAAAGGGGCAAAACCCCCUUCUGUACACACCAUUCGUAUACUGCCUGGUGAAAAAAUGUAAUGAAUAUUGAAUAGCUUCACGCUAGAUCUUUGCAGAUCCUGAGACUGUAAAUUUGUCAUGCUUUUACGUUAGUUUUGGGACUACACUGCAUCAACUAAAACAGUAUGCAAUUAGUGUUGUCAAUGGGAACU